CGGAGCAUUAGAGCGACUAAAAUUGAAGUCGCACGAGUGUGUUCCUAUCGCUAAACGCUGAUGCUGCAGAGACAAACAGCCGUGUUUUGUCGUUAUCCGGGAAUUAUCCAGCGUUGUCUACGGAGAAUGUCUGAUAGGAAGGAUUCUCGUUCUAAACAGUGGAAUCUACAGCCAACCACGACUGCUAGAAACACAUUCAAUGCUAUUCGAGCUAUAAUAGACACGAGCACCGCCAAACCGAAUCCCGAAUACGAAACUAUCAAACUGGCUGCAGGUGACCCCGCUGUGUACCCGGGUUUUGAACCACCAUCAUCAGCGCUAGAGGCUAUCCGCGAGUCUGUGAACAGUGAGAAGUUUUGUGGAUAUCAACCUGCUCAUGGAAAUGCAACAGCGAGAAAAGCAGUGGCAGAGCUGUAUUCUACCCCAACACAAUCUCUGUCUUCUGAUGAUGUUUUGUUGACGUGUGGUUGCAAUGGAGCCCUUGACAUAUGUUUCAGAGGCCUGGCUAACCCUGGUGAUAACAUUCUCAUUCCAUCACCAGGAUUUAUUAUCUAUACAACAAUGUUGGACAGUUAUGGUAUUGGAUUUAAAGAGUAUCGACUCCUACCGGAACAAAACUGGGAUGUGGACUUAUAUCAUCUAGAAUCUCUGUUUGACAGUAAAACGAAAGCUAUUGUUGUCAAUUGUCCAUCAAAUCCAUGUGGUUCUGUUUACACAAAGGAACACAAGCUGGAGAUUAUUAAAUUAGCUGCAAAGCAUUGUGUUCCAAUCAUAGCAGAUGAAGUGUAUGGUGGGAUGGUUUUUGCUGAUAUCGAGUACAAAUCAUUUGGAGCACUUUCAACAGAUGUGCCUAUUUUGUCAUGUGGAAGUUUGGCAAAACGGUACCUCGUUCCUGGUUGGCGAUUAGGUUGGAUUGUAUUGUACGAUUCCGUCACAGCACUCAGCUCUGAGGUUCGAGAGAGUCUUGUGAGAAUGUGUCAAGUCAUUCUUGGCCCCUGUGCAGUCAUACAAGGAGCUGUACCAAAAAUCCUCAAGGAAACGCCUACAGAGUUCUUCCAAGCAAUUAACAGGAAACUAGGGGAGAAUGCUAUAUUGGUCUUUGACCGUCUAAGCAAGGUCCCUGGGCUAACUCCUAUUAUGCCAAGAGGUUCAAUGUACACAUUGGUUGGUAUCGAUCAAAAACAACAUGCUGGUUUUAAGGAUGACUAUGAUUUCACUGAACGUCUCUACAGUGAAAUGUCAGUUCGCUGUAUUCCAGGCAAGGCUUUCAGGGCUCCUGGGUUCUUUCGCAUUGUCCUGUGUGCUUCUCAAGCCAAAUUAAUUGAAGCUUGUGAUAGACUGUCUGAAUUUUGUGCUCGACACUGUACUUCUCUGUGAUUGGCUGCCAGCCUAGCCUGUUGUUUGUUGUUUGCAAUCAAAUGUGUAUGAGAGUAGUGAUUACAACAAACAAGCUUAGGUGAUGCACA